AUGCCUAUCAAGACAAUUUACGUAGCCAGACAUGGCUCUUCCUCUGCCUGGACGUUGAAACAAGAAGAACUUCCGGCACCGCCUACUGGGGUAGAGUCGGAUUUCCCACUUUCUGAGCAUGGCAUAAGUCAAUCCAAGGAAUUGGCUCAUUACAUCCUAUCUCUGGAUUCUCAACCUGAUAUGGUCAUUUCUUCGCCAUUCUUCAGAUGUGCUCAAACGAGUAAGUAUGUAUGUGAUCUGUUAGAGUUGCCGUUUUUUGUUGAUAAUGGGCUUUCUGAAUGGUUCGAGACAGAUGCUCACAAGCCAGCGACUGCUGACACUUUAGCAAAGUUGUUCAAAAGCUCUAUCGAAGUGAAUGAUGACAAUUGGAAGAAUGGCAGUGAACUUGCAGCUGCGGAAGAAGGUGAAACAGAAGAGGAAUUGUUUCAGAGGUGCCAGAUAUUUUUAAGGAAGUUAGUUCAAAAAUUGGAAACUGCAUAUCCUGACGUGGAGACCAUAUUACUGGUGACACAUGGUGCUGUAAAAGUUUCACUGGGCUUAAAUCUGCUGGGAUUUAACGACUGUCAUGAAAAGAUAGAUGACGAUGGCAGUACGAUCAGAUGUGGUACUUGUUCAUUAGACAAGUAUGAAGUGUUGAAUUCUACACAUUACCGAGCCAGGGAGGACGAAGAUGACGAAGCAGAAGAUGAAGAGGAGGAAGAGAUUAAUAUCACUGUACCUUUCCAACAACGGAAAUGGGUUAUUACCAUGAAUGGGCAUACUGAAUUCUUAAGAAAUGGUGAAGAAAGAAAUUGGACUUUCGAAAGUGAUCAGAUAGAUGAAGAUGGAAGAGAAGAAGAAAUGGAAACAGUGUACAUAAGUCUCGAUCUUUCUAGUGGUAGCUACAAGGAAAGACUGGAGAUUGAUCGAACGGCAACCUUUCAAUACGCCGGUUUGGAUAAAGAAGUACCUUUAUUUAGAAUUGGUGAUAAAUUGUAUGAGGGCAAUUGGCAAAGACUGGUUGGUACGGAAUUAGCGUUUCCAGAUGCUGCUAUGAUCCACAAGAAGAAACCUGUUGGUGGUAGUGGCUACAGCAGCGACAAUGAAAACGAAAUUGAUCCAUUAUUGGAGUCCAAACCUAUAAUCGAAUAUGACAAGGAGCACACGGAAAAGAUAUAUAGAAUUGUCGACAGACUUGCACUCACAGGGUUAUCGCCUAUGUAA